AUGAAACGCGUAGGCGCCACAAUCAGAAUCAGCAGCUGGCCAAGCAAUCUACUAUUGCUGCUAUGCCUGGCAGCUCCAACACUCGCAGCAACGGGCAUCGAUCGCAUACAAGAGCACAAUCUGCAGCUCUUGUCAGAGCAACUGAAUCGCGGCUGGCGCGCCUUUUGCGAUGCACCCGUUGAUGAGGGCGUCAUGUGUCUCUUUGAGGGCAUCAGUCCGAGCGAUGCGCGCUUGCAUGUGAUGACCAUCACCAAUCAGAGCGUGGAGCUGCCCAUCAAGUCCAUACCAGAGCUGCGCGACUUUGACAUCGAUCCUCUGCGCAAGACAUUGCUCUAUGUAAACGCCUUCCAUUCAGCGGACAGCAUCUUUAGUGUGCAGGAGCACCUGACGCUGUUGCGCACCACACGGCGCGAUCUCAACAUCAUUGUCGUUGACUUUGCCAGCAAUGUGGCGCAGCUCUACUAUGCGGUGCGCCAUCACCUCUCCGUGCAUGGCUACUCCAUCUACAAGUUGCUGAGCGCACUCACGGACGCCGGCAUUGAAGCUGGAGAUAUUACGCUGGCGGGACACUCGGUGGGAGCCAAUAUAGCUGCCCUGGGCGCCGAUUUGUUCUCCAAAAGCAGCAGACGACUGGUGGGUCAACUGAUUGCCAUUGAUCCGGCCACUAUGUGUCGCACCACAGAUAUUCUGGUCAGGCAGAGCGUCGCGGCUCGUGUUGUGGUGGUGCAUGGCGAGGGUGAUGUGUUUGGCGUGCGCGUGCCUUUGGGCCAUGUCGACAUCUAUCCGAAUGGGAUUGGUUACUUCCCACGCAAGAAACUGCAACCGGGCUGUGAGACUAAGAUCUGCAGUCACAUGUAUCCGUUUGUGCUGUUUAUGGAAGCGCUUAUCGAGGGAGUCAUGAUACCCGCCACCAAGUGUGAGAGCUGGGCCAAGUUCCGCCAGGGCGACUGCAGUUACCAGAACACCUUAAACAUUGGUCUCAUCUACCCGCCCGAUGCCAAGGGAUUGUACUUCUGCAUGACUCAAUCAAAUCCACCAUUUACAUACAUGGAGCACGGUCUCAGGUACAAGGCGAAGCGGCCUGAGCCCUCCAAUUCGCUGGCGGAGCAACCGGCGAGAGAUUAG